AGUUGCAUGCUUUUUUUGUUUGUAUUUUGCAAUUAAAAGCUAUGCCAUCUAGUGCUCAUAAGGAAUUUUUAUAUUUUGGGCUACCGGGGGGUGCCUCUUUUUUGUGGAGGAUACUGUACCAUCAACCUUACAAGACAGUUACUUACAGUCGAGUAAGUUCAUUAACUCAUAGAUUCAUGGCUAAAAAAAGUAAAUCAUAUUUUGUUUUUAGUGCAAACCACUGAAAGCAUUCAAGUUCUGAAUGGGCCGUUCUCACUGCCACACUCCAAUGCUUCCCUGUCUGUUGAUUCUGAUUUGUUUUGUUCUUCACCUAUGGUUAAUUCCUCGUCUAGGCCGAUCGCUGCUGUUGAUUCUGGUUUUGAAAAUGUUCGUUCUUCACCAAAUGGACGUUCUUCUGUUCUUUCGUCUACUGAUUCUGGCUUUGGUAGUUACUACACUGCUCCACGAGAAAUUGCAAAAACGCCAUCUUUGCUUACCUCUUCUAUUGGUGUUGGUGGUGCUUUCGUCCGUUACGAACCAGCAGCUGAAAAAAACACAAUGGAAUUUCAUCGUUCAAUUUUGAAACAAUUGGCAAAACUAUCUCAGAACUCAGCAUUGCAGGCAUCCAUAAUUGAAGCAAGAAUGAAUGAUAUUGAUGCCAAACUCAAAGCCUUUGUUGAUCAGCCACACGAACGUAGAGCGGAAGUUGACGCCGCCACGACAUCGGUAGUCAUGCCAACACUUUCUAUACCUUCCAUGGAGAUGCUUUUGACUUUCGAAGACAUGUUAAUUAACGAUGACAUUCGUUUUGAACUGAGUCGGAUUGUGAAAGCUGGUGGUGGAAUAACUUUGGCGGACGCCGUGAAACGAGCAUGGCUGAAGAGCUUGAGUCUACAAGUACGUGCUUUGUGUUAUUGGUGUGGAAAACCAAGAAAAGGUAUCCAGAAACACAAACUCAAAGGCUCCCGUGUGACUGGUGCUGUAUUUCGUGGAAUCAGAAGCAUAACACAAUUUAAAAACAGCACAGAUGCAGAACUAGAGCACGAGACUAAAAAGGUGUUUAAACACGGACCAGAGAGAGCUAGGAAUCACAGAGCUCACGGUGACGACGACGACGACGAUGAUGAUCGCGGUAAUAUUCUAGAACGUCCUGUUGCUGGAAAAAGCACCCGUCCAAGUGAUCCUCGUCCCCCAAGAGCUGGUGGUUCUACUUCAAUUUAGUUUCUAAAUCUUCACGUCAUUUUUUAUUUUGUGUGUACGUGUCGUAGAAAAUAAAACA